AUAGUAUAAAAUAAACAUAAUUAAAAAUUAAAUUAAAAGGGAUAAUAUUAACAUACAAAGUUUAAAUACUAUUUAUGUAAUAUUAUACGGUUUACGUAUAUAUAAUUUUACACAACUUUGCGAACAAAGUCCUUGUUGAGCUGGUCUAUUUUACCCUCAUUGGCGAAAUCCACUGGUCCUACUUGUGUAUGCAAUAGUUAAAUUGACAAUCCACCGGCAACGUGUGAGAAGAAGCGCUUCUUGAUUAGCCAAUGUGUAUUUAUACAUCAGUUUGCAUUGUUUAUUAAACUAAAGAACUGUUUACUAGAUCUACAAUCAUAUGAACAAAGAAUCAACCAUGGCUAACAUCAACAGAAGACGCUCAACUCCAUCAGCCGACGGACAGCAAUCUCUAAUGACUGCAAUCAAUCGGUUCGUACAGGCUGUAGAUUUAAUGGACGACACAGUGAUGAUUCCUUGCCGCCUGAGGGAUAUCCCCGUAGAGUCCAUACCUAUACCUUGUUUACAGGAAGAAAACAAUAACAAAGCUGUCAUUCCUGCCAUUCCGGUGAGUGGUGAUCUUUACCAUUUUUAUGCAAUGCUACAUGCUAUUCGAUCGGAAAUAAUAGCAGGACCACUGCCAAUCGUCGACGACGAUCAAAGCGAUAACACAGACGAUUCGGUCGAUGAAAGUGACCCCAUCGGCGAGAAUGCCAAAAAGACAGCCGCAGCUUUCAGAUAUCACCUCAGAGGCUUGUUUGGACUCUUACAUCAGAUGACAGAAACAGCUAAAUAUUUAAGUAAUCGGUAUGAGCGAGAGGUGACAUGUCAUAAUGGAAUUUCAUCAGUUUCUUCAUUCAAUAUGUGAUUCAAGCUAAAGAUCUUAUAUUCGUCUUUCAUUUAUAGGACUAGUUUUUUCGUCAUAAGUUACUAUAGAUCUAUCCUUUGUGGUUUAGAUCUAUGUUUCAUCUCCAGGAUAACAAAACAUUUUUCAUCAUAGCACACCCUUCAGCUUCUAGACAAAAAAAUGGAAUUGACAAUAUUCGCAACAGGAGUAGAUCUAGACUGUCUAGAGUCUACUUACUUCCUAGACAUCUGUAUAAAUCUAGUCUAGAGUUUUUUCCAGAUUCUUGACAUCCUGAUCACACACAAACUGAAUACUAUCUAUAUACAACAAAGAGUAGUCUAAUCUACUCUAUAUUCCUGACCAGAUAAGUCCAAGAUUAAAAAAAAUAAUUGUGUGUGGGCAUGGAUUAUUUUUAUUCUAAAAAUGGAAAUAAUGUUGAUAGGAAUGAAAAAUACAAAAUAAUUGUUGUGACUUGUUGUUGGGCUUUAAACCUAAUAAGACUUGGAAUGAUGGACACAUUCAAUCAACUUUAGUGCUUAGUGAUACUUAGUUUUUGUUUGACUUAUUUCAUUUGAGUUUCAUUAUACUUUUGUUAUUAGGUUUUAUAUAACAUUCUGCUUCUAUUUUUUUGGUGUAAAUAGUAUGCACUAGAAAUUAUUUAAUUUCUUGAUUUUUAUUUGCUCUCUGCCUCAGGCCUUGCUGCUAUACUCAAAAUUAUUUGCAUACUGUUAAGUUCAACAAGUGCAAUAUAAUGAAAAUGGUUUUGUUAUAUUGUGAACAAAACUUGUUUUCUUUAGUGCCACAUUUUUAUACUGUUUUUUUUUUUUUGCUCCGGUAGGCUUAAUUUAGCUUCACUUACCUAGUACUUUAGGAAUUGAUGGUACUAAUUGGCCUACUAAGUAAAAAAUUAUAUUGAAAGUAGUAGUCACAGCUUUGUUGAAAUGCUUGAUUUCUUGAAACCAACAGUUCUUAAAAAUUUCAAACUCCUUACUUAGUUAUGUUUUAAUCAUCUCACUAAUUUAAAAAAGUUUUGUUUUCUAAUUAAACUCAAAGUUACCUAUAUAUGAGAAUUCUGUUUCAUAGAUUUUUAUAUUCAUUUCAAAGUAUUUUACAAUUAUAGAAUUAAAGUCACCAUAAAUCUUAGGACUUUAAAAGGCAGAUUUUUUUUUUGUUUCAAGGAUUUGUUUCAAAACUCAUAUUGAAAAAAUUCCAUCUGUAUUGUACUCUUUAUACAUAUCAUUUUAUUUAUUAGAAACUAGUGACUGCUUGAUAAUGAUAUUGUGCUGUGUAAAUUAAUUUUUAGAUAUAUAUUUUUUUUUAUUAAACCAUUGCAUUGAAAUUUAUUUAUUGGACUUUACAUUAUUAGAAAGAAAAGAAAGAAAGAAAAAAAUAAUUUAAAUUGAAUGCUGAAAUUACUAGAAACAUAUAUUUUGUUAUAAAUAGUUCAUUUAUCUUAAGUUUCUCUUUUAUCUGUUUUAUAAAAGUAGACUUGACAGCCUUUUUCUUUUUUUUUGCCAUUUGAUGCAGAAAAAAAAUUCAAUCAAGUAGACUUUAAAUUUUAACUCCUGUUUCUAUAAAUGAAACGUAUUGGGAGAAUAAAUACUUGAGGGUAUCAAGUAGUUUUAAGUGAUCAUCUCACAAUGAUGAAUUUCAAUAAAUUAAAUAGAUGUUACAACUUCUCUUGCCCACUUGUAGGGGCCCUCAUAAUGUAAGCAGUUUGAUGUUACCUCCAUAUAUAUUGCCAUUUCAAAUGUUCUCUUUUAAAUUAUUACUGUUAAACUGGUUUGGCGACACAAGGAAAGACACUGUGAACUAGUUAUGCCUUCAUUUAAGGCGUGUUAUCAGGUUAUUUUGAGUUUAUAUUUUUCCCUAGAAGAGCAUUUCACCUUUGUACAUACAUAUAUAUAUAUUUUUUUCUUUUCUCUUUUCUUUAAUGUACGCAUUUCUCUCUUUAAAAAAAUUGUUAGGGUAUAAAAAAUAUAUAUAUAUAUUAUUAAAUUUGGCAUAGAUUUUCACCUUCCCUUAUAGCUGUAUCACACUGCAACAUAAGAAGACAACAUAGCAGCCAUAUAUAUUAAAUUUGUUAAUUGCUAACAAAAUUGGCUUAAGAGGAUUAACAAACUUUGGCCCAUUUACUUGACUAAAUGCAUUUCCGUUGGGAAUGAAAGGGCUGUCUCUAUUUGACAUGACAUUCUCAAUCAUUAAGAAUGCCUGUGCUGCUGUCUGAACUUAGUAUUAUUGAAGUAUGCCUGGUAUGUUUUGGCUGUCGAGUACCACACUUAAUUGGGUGUGUUUCAUUUCAGUUCAUACUCUCUCAUAGUGUAUUUAAGACCACCUGAAAACUUGGGAUAAAACUGUGAAAAGUGUUAAAUGCUAUUGAAUGGUUAUUAAAGAGAUAGUGAAUGGUUACAGAAUGCUUGGUAAGAUAUUCAUUGUGCACUUGACCAGAUUUCUAAUGUUAAGAUCUUACGUUAUUUCAAGUUAAACAAUGCAAAAGUUAUGUAUGUUUUCUACUUUUGUUUAGCGAUUAUGGCAUUUUUUUUGUUUUGUAUGUAUGAUAUUACAUGUAUUGAGCUAAUUGAUCUGUAAAAUAAAAUAUUUUUUUUGGUCAAAA